GACCUUUACUUUGAAGUCCAUCACCGGAUGUUGCGUGUUUUAACGCGUGUAGCGUUGACUAUCAGGAGGAAAGCAUCAUCGGAGCCCCUCUGCAGCUGGACCGACACAUCUGGACCGGAACCGGCCUGGGACCAGCUCGGCUCCUGGAGGUGGGGGCGGGGGAAGCGCACAGGUGAGGCGUCACGUGACCAGACCUCCAGAGCGUCACGCGGCGCGCGCAGGUGUGUCUCAGCAUCCCCUUCGAAGCGCGAAGGGCUCCUCGGGGCCAGCAUGGCGGAGGAGACCCGGGUCAUCUACCACCUGGAGGACCAGGACACCCCCUACCUGGUCCGGAUCGGCGUGCCCGCGCAGCGCGUCACCCUGGCCGACUUCAAGCAGGUGCUGAACAGACCUCACGCCAAAUUCUUCUUCAAGUCCGUGGACGAUGACUUCGGGGUGGUGAAAGAAGAGAUCAGUGACGAUGAAGCUCGGCUGCCUUGUGUCAACGGACGGGUCGUCUGUUGGGUGGUGUCUUCAGAUGCCUGUCCUCCAGACUUGAGGGGGUCGGACACUCCCUCUGUGGCCACGCCCUCCAGCCUGGCUCCGCCCCCCAUCGAGAGAACCGGCGGCAUCGGCGACUCCAGACCGCCGUCCUUCCACGCUGCGGCUGUCUGCCACGAUGACCAGCAGAGGUCAGAGGUCAAAUCGCCCGCUCCAUCUUCAGAGAAGCAGCGGCGGAGAGAUGGAGGCCACGUGAACGGACACGCCCACCAGGCGGCCGACCAGAAGGGGGCGGGGCCAGCCGGCGGCGGCGGCGACAGCUCGUCCAAUCAGCAGAGCAGCGAGUUAGAGACGACUAGCUUUUGCUCGUCUGAGGAAGACUCUGGAGGAAGGUUCAGCCAAUCAACAGGCCAGAGCAGUUCCUCGCCGAGACUCAUCAGGCGACAGCGCCGCCGCCACCGAAAGCCAAAAACUCCACGGAUGGAAAAGUCGGCGUCUUUCAGCAGCGUCACUGACUCCACCAUGUCGCUCAACAUCAUCACUGUAACCCUCAACAUGGAGAGGUACAACUUCCUGGGCAUCAGCAUCGUUGGUCAGAGUAACGACAGAGGAGACGGAGGGAUUUACAUCGGCUCCAUCAUGAAGGGAGGAGCAGUUGCAGCAGAUGGGCGCAUAGAGCCUGGAGACAUGCUGCUGCAGGUGAACGAUAUCAACUUUGAGAACAUGAGCAAUGACGACGCAGUCCGGGUUCUGAGAGAGAUCGUCCACCAGCCGGGUCCGGUGACAUUAACUGUGGCAAAGUGUUGGGAUCCAAACCCACGAAGUUGCUUCACGCUGCCCAGAAGUGAACCGGUCCGCCCCAUCGACCCGGCUGCCUGGGUGUCCCACACGGCUGCCAUGACCGGGAAACUCCCCCCACACUACAGCGUGCAUGAAGAAAACCACCUCAACAUCCACAGUGACAUGACGGUGGUCGUCAAGGCAAUGGCCAAUCCAGAGUCAGGGCUGGAGGUGCGAGACAGGAUGUGGCUGAAGAUCACCAUCCCCAACGCUUUCAUUGGUUCGGACGUGGUGGACUGGCUCCACCGUAACAUAGAAGGUUUUACCGACCGGCGCGAAGCUCGUAAGUACGCCGGAAACCUGCUGAAAGCCGGAUUCAUCCGACACACCGUCAACAAGGUCACCUUCUCAGAGCAGUGCUACUACGUGUUCGGAGACCUGUGUGGAGAUCUGGCUGCCAUGUGUCUACUCGACCACGAAGACGGAUCCUCUAGAGAAGUAGGAGGAGGAACUGACUGCGACCCCCCAGCCUUCCCCUACCAGUACCCCGUCCCUCACCCCUACAGCUCGCCCCACCCGCUGCACCAGCUGCCGGCCUGUGGGGCAGGAGGAGGCAGGAGUCAUCACAGCGAAGGAAGUCGCAGUAGCCAAUCGGACUUCAGCGAUGAUCAGGAGGGAAGAGGAGGAACGCAGCAGGAAUCUGCCAACCAGGAAGCAAACGCUCAGCACAAGAUGGCCGACUGUCUGAGUGACGGCAGCGCUCAGGAACCGCCCACCUCCUUCUCCGGUUCCCAUGGCGACAAAGACAUGCCAACGCCGUCUCGAGGUCAGCACCGCGACUUUUCAUCGAUCCAACCGGAAAUCUCUCGACAGUCCUUCCGCCUGGCCAUGGGAAACCCCAGCGACCUCUUUGUAGAUGUCAUGUGACCUGGUGACGAUGAUGUCAUAUCCUGGCAGGUGACCUGGAGACACGAUAAAUGUUUUCAACUAAAGCUGAAACAAACUGAAAAAGAUUGAGGCACAUUCAGUCACUGUGAAGACCUGAACCUGACCAGAACGAGACCAGGCUCUGAUAAAACCUGAAACUAGACAAAACCAUCCUGAACUAAACCUGAAAACUAAACCUGACCGAGAACUAAACCUGAAAACUAAACCUGACCGAGAACUAAACCUGAAAACUAAACCUGACCGAGAACUAAACCUGAAAACUAAACCUGACCGAGAACUAAACCUGAAAACUAAACCUGACCGAGAACUAAACCUGACCGAAAACUAAACCUGACCGAGAACUAAACCUGAAAACUAAACCUGACUCUGGACGAAACCAGAUUUACCUGGACCUGACUCGGACCUGGACUCUCUGAAUGAACCAAAUCAAAGCAUGUGCUGCUUUUCUCUCUGAGAGACGUUCUGACUCAGCAGAGUCUCUCCUGCAUCCUGGGAUGGUUGUAAAUUAUUCCUGAUGUUCCUGUUUGUAAAUCACAUGCUGUCACGCUGCCUGUUACUGAGCUCAUUAUUGUUUCUAUUUAUUCAUUAUUUAUUUAUUUAACAUGUUUAUUUAUGAACUGUUUAUUCCAAACAUUUACUGCAGAAAGCGACGUGUGGAUUAUUUAUGAGUCCUUGUUCUCGUCUCCUCAUGACUAAAACGUCCAUGUUUGUCUAACUGGAGAACGCCAGAGAAGCAGAGCUGUAGCUUUUCCUCUACAUUCCAAAACCAAUGAAACGGGUCAGUGAAAAUUAUUUUACAUAAAGGUUAAAUACGGUACCAAAUCACAGACUGAAGGCUCUUAGACAUUUGGGUUUUGUGAAGAACAAAGACCGUGAUCUGUUUAGUGAAAGCAGUUGUAUAAAAUGUGUUCACUGUGUUAUAUGUACACAACCAGAUAGUAAAACCUCAAAUGACGAAUUAGAUUUGAAUAAAGUUCACUUAGCUUUCAUAGA